AUGGCAGCCAAAAGGGCGACAGUGCCCGCGAAGCACCUCUUCAAUGGCUUCGUCCGAUCAAUGUCAACAGAAGCAGCUCAACAACCGCCAUCAGGCCCAUCGACCUCGUCGCCCGCACCGGGAAAGACAUCAACAGCCAAACCCAACCCACGCGCCGCGCAUUACUCACGACCCGAGAAUCCAUUCAUAACAAAAGCACAAUGCACACUCUACACAUUUCCCUCCAUGACUCCGAGCGGUUUAACGGCCUAUCCUUCCACGCAUCUCCUGCUCCCUACACGCAGAGACAUCCUUCACCGCGCCGUAAUCUUCGAGGGAGAUGCCACUCGUCAAGGAACCGCCUCCACCAAGACACGCUGGGAAGUUCAUGGUUCCGGUCACAAAGUCAGACCGCAGAAAGGAACUGGCAGGGCAAGAUUAGGAGACAAGAAGAGUCCCAUGCUGAAGGGAGGUGGUGUGGCUUUUGGACCGAAACCUAGAGAUUUCUCGACGGAUCUGCCGAAGAAGAUAUAUGAUUUGGCGUGGAGGACGGCGCUUUCGUACAGAUACAAGAUGGGCGAGUUGAUGAUUUUUGACGGCGAGAUGGAGGUGGAAGGCGUCGCGGAGGAAAGUUUGGAGCGAUACGUGAGGGAUUUGUUGGCUUGGAAUAAUCUCGGGCGACUAGGCGGGAAGACCUUGUUCGUGACGCAGGAGAGGAGGGAAGCUCUAUUCAAGGCAUUGGGGGGCUUGACUGGGCAUGCACGGGCAUUGGACGUGGAGGAUGUGGAUGUUAAAGAUUUGUUGGAAGGGAAGAGAGUUGCGAUUGAGAGGAAGGCGUUGGAGCACAUCUUCAUGAAAAGAGAGUCGGACUUGGUGUGGCAUCAGCGAGUCUAUUCUCUCGGCCCACAGAGGGCGAAGGGGCUGCUGAAAUAG